CUAACAAUUACAUUUAUCCACAUCGUUUACUCAAGUAACCGCUUCUAAAAAUCUCAAUUGAAGUUCCGUUGGUCCCAGCUCCAUUUCAAAGUCUUGCACAAUGCAAAUCGCGAAACCACAUGCAGCCAUACUUGCAAGCCCCGGCAUGGGACAUCUUGUUCCUGUUCUGGAGCUUGGAAAACGCCUUGUUACCCUUCACAACCUCCAAGUCACCAUCUUUAUUGUGGCUCCUGCCACUUCAGAUGAACAGUUAUCUCAACUUCUGGAUUCACAAAAUCAAGAUUUCCUCCACAUCGUCUUACUCCCGUCAGUGGACGUCUCUGGCAUAGCCGAUGCGGAAGCAUCAAUAUCAACAAAGAUUGUAAUUAUGAUGCAUCAGUCCUUGCCACUCCUCCGAUCUGCGAUUUCUGCAAUGACAAUACGUCCGACGGCUCUGAUUGUCGACUUGUUUGGAACUGAAGCUAUGGCGAUUGCUGAUGAAUUUGAGAUGUUGAAGUACGUAUUCAUUGCGUCUAAUGCCUGGUUUUUUGCUGUUAUAGCAUAUGCUCCAGAACUUGAUAGAAAGGUGUUAGCUGAACACGUUUACCAGCAGCAACCGCUAAAACUCCCUGGUUGCACGCCUAUCCGGUUCGAGGAUAACCUUGAGGUCUUUCCGGCCUUUGAGAAUCCCAUGUAUGAUGGAUUUAUGCAUGCAUCAAUGGAGAUGGCAUUAGCCGAUGGAAUUAUAAUAAAUACGUGGGAGGAUUUAGAGCCCAAAACACUAAGAGCCCUGAGAGAUUCUAAUUUGCUGGGACGCGUCUGCAAGGCACCUGUUUAUCCUGUUGGUCCAUUGGCAAGAUCGGUUCAACCACCGAUUUGGAGAAAGGAAGUACUGGAUUGGUUGGACAAGCAACCUAGAGAAUCAGUAAUAUAUGUCUCGUUUGGAAGUGGUGGAACAUUAUCAGCAAAACAAAUGGUAGAGCUGGCAUCGGGUUUGGAACUAAGCCAACAAAGAUUCCUUUGGGUGGUACGUCCCCCGUUUGAGAAUGAUGUAUCGGGGUCGUUUUUCUCUGUAGGGAUAAACUCUUCCAGUGUUCAGGAGUUCUUACCGGAUGGGUUUUUAACCCGGACCGAAAACGUAGGACUGGUGGUACCUAUGUGGGCUCCUCAAGCAGAAAUCUUGGGACAUCAAUCUGUCGGUGGAUUUUUGUCACACUGUGGAUGGAAUUCAACAAUAGAAAGUAUAACUAAUGGGGUCCCAAUCAUCGCAUGGCCACUAUACGCAGAGCAGAAGAUGAAUGCUACGUUGCUGACAGAGGAGCUUGGGGUUGCUGUGCGUUCAAAGGAGUUGCCGUCAGAGAGUAUAGUGGAGAGACAUGAGAUAGAGAUGAUGGUGAGAAAGAUCAUGGUCGACAAAGAAGGGCAUGCUACAAGGAAUAAGGUGAAGGAACUAAAACUCAGCGGUGAAAAAGCUUCGAGUAAAGGUGGUUCCUCCUAUAAUUCACUUUCCCAACUGGCCAAUAGCUUCCAGAGUUUCCUCCAAACUUUGGAAGUAAAAGCUAAAGGUGGUUAAAACGAAAAAUCUAGACUUGAAUGGGUUACCACGUUGUCCGCGUACCAAAAUUGAAUAAAUUU